AUGCGUCUCGUCGCUGCUUCGCUGGCGAUUCUCGCCACGCUUACAACUGUCUCAGGCCAUGCUUCAAUCAUUAGCCCAAAGCCGAUAAAGUUCGACAUAGAUACAGACUACAAUGCGCCUCUUGUCCCCGGUUUCGGAAAUUUCCCUUGCAAAGGCUAUCAUAACGAAACAUUCCAGGAGGCUGCCGCUUGGAAAGCCGGGGAAAUGGCAAGCUUCACAAUCAACGUUCCUGAGAAAAUCGCUGCUCACAGCGGCGGUAGCUGUCAAGCAUCUAUCUCUCAUGAUGGUGGAAGAACCUUCCAGGUCCUUCACUCCUUUAUUGGGGACUGUCCUCGUGGAGCAGUUGGUAACGUUGCCGGUCCUGAUCAGCGAUUCGAUUUCAAGAUUCCUGAAGAUGAACCCGCAGGUCAGGCUAUCUUCUCUUGGACUUGGUUUAACACCGUCGGCGUCCGCGAAAUGUACAUGAACUGUGCUUUCGUUACAAUCCAAAAUGACAACCCAGUGCCUCAAGUUAAGGCUCGUCCGUUUAUGUUUGUAGGGGCGCUGGCUACAGCUCCAGACACCAAUGGUUGCUCGUCGGAAGAACGUACAAACCUCCAGUUCCCGGAUCCAGGCGACUUUGUCACAGAUGGCUCUCAAAACGCCGGUGUGCAAUUUAAGGGCAAGACAUUGCCUACUGGCCCUGGAUGUGGAAAUGAAGCUAGUGGUGGCGGUAUGCCUAUCGAUAUGAGCAAAGCUCUCUCCCCGAAUAAAGAUCUCGCCGGAGGAGGUGCAGUAGCUGGACCUAAGCCAGGCCCAGUUAACCCUAUCCCCGAGCUUGACCCUUCACCAACUCCUACCCAAGCCCUUACCACGAUGGCAACUUAUACUUCCACCCCACCAGCAGAUGGUCAGAAGGUUAUUUACGUCACCGAAGUCGUCACCCAUCCAGUAGUCGACAUUGUCACGGUCACCGCUACUACCUAUCUCGCUUCGCCCACCGACAACGUUGCAAAGCGACACGAGCACAUCGCCCGAGACAAAUCCUGCUCUUUCCAAGAAACUUUCAAAAUUGGCAACGAGUGCUCUGUGCCGUCUAUCAAAUCUUCUCAAUGGGAUGCAUGUGUUUGGGAGGAAUUCUGCCCCUGCCUUAAUGAAAAUCUGGGCCCCGCCGACAUAUCCAAUUUCUCACAAAUCAAGGGCUAUUGCGAUUGCGUAACUAACGGAAUUGGCUGCCGUAAUAAAGCUGUUAGGUCGCGACACAUGCAACGACAUGUGCGUACCACUGGUGUGGAUAUCAUUUUACGACGAGACGAGGAUCAAAUGGUACAUACAUUCAGAGCCUAA